UCAGAAAAUCAAAUUUAACAUUCAAGGUUUUCUUCGUUGCUUGUGCGUGACCUUCACACUGAAAUAACAUUUGUAUCGCUUGGCUGAUCAGCUGUUCGCAUGUAAACAAUAUUCAUUGAUUUUGGUGCUUAGUGCGUAGAAUUGUUAUUUAGGCUACCAGGACAAGUUCAGUCACGUAAUCGAACACAGAGAGAAAUGUGCACGCUACAUAUAGAGGAGGAAACACAUUUAGCUGCCAUGAGCAGCAAAUCUCGCACGCGAACACCCAGUCCAAUGCCAAUGCGAAGGAUACAUUACGGCGAGUUGACAUUGUUCGACAUUAACUGGGAUGAUGUGCUAAUUCCAAAGAUAACUACCUACCUUUCGAUCAAGGACCUCUUUAAUUUACGCAGUUGCUCGCGCACAGCAUUACGCUUGGCAGAGGCCGCCCUGGAGAUACGCCCGGAGCUCCACUUGUCUGGCAAUAAUUCCCGAAAUAUAGAGCUCGGGUUCAAGGUCCUGUCCCGCUGCUGUCGUCGCCUUGAGCAUCUACACUUGGCCAGCUGCAAAUGGCUGACGGAUGAGCUUCUCCUGCCGCUGCUCAAAAAUAACAAACAACGCCUCAGUGCCGUCAAUCUCAACGAGUGCACCAACAUAACGGCGCUAUCGCUGCAGCCCAUUAUCGUACAGUGCAAGGAGUUGCGCAUCCUGAAGCUCUCCAAGUGCCAGUGGCUGACCACGGGGGCUGUGGACGCGCUCACCCUGCACCAGAGCAAACUGGUCGAAUUCGAUAUAUCACAUUGUGGCGCCAUUGGCGAACGCUGCCUCAUCAUCUUCUUUCGCAAGCUAAACAAGCUGACUAUCUUAUCGUUGGCCAACACGCCCAGCGUCACGGAUCAAGUGCUCAUACAAAUCGGCAACUACUGCCGUGAGCUGGAGCACAUUAAUCUGAUUGGAUGUGCUGCCAUUUCCGACUACGGAGUUCAUGCACUGACCAAGAGCUGCCCACACCUGCAGUCCCUAAUGGUGCAGCGUUGUCCUUUGGUAACGGAACGUGUUCUGGCUCCACUGCGCGGACGUCUGCACAUUGAUCGGCCGAUCAUGGGCUACAAUCUGCCCGCCAUACAGCAUCGCCUGUACCUGCAGGUCUGAGAUUACCUACUAAAUAUUAAUCCAACUAAUCUAGAGGCUAACGAGGCUAAUGACAAACGGGAGGCAUGCUGUCAACAUCUUUGUAAAUACGGACGCCAUUAAGUAGUUUAAUGCAAUUGUUUAGCUUAAGUUUACAGUUCUUAACAUUAAUUUAAGCUUAACAAAUAUCUGGACACUCUUCAACUUCUGCUGUAAU